CAGUGAAGAAGUCGUGGCAUUUAAUUAAGUUUUUCGCUCGCCCCGGUGUCUAGGUCGGCUCGCGGAACUAUCUCACACGCCGCUUCCUCUCGGAUCUUAAUUUGCUUACUAAGAUAUCGGUGUAACUUACGCCGCCCCCCAUCUCGCUGUAGAGCUGACAGUGAUAAACUUUUGCGGGUAUCCGACCAUAUUCUGCACACUUUUCGCCUGCUCUCUGGUUCCUCUCAGCGUUUGGCUUUCUUGGGUAAAAGUGGGACUAGCGUGUUUGCUGGGUGAAAGUUUGAAGAAACUUCUGUAAAUUACACACAGAAAGGGCAAGACCCUCUCGCCAGAGAUAGACAAAGAGAGAACGCAAGAACAACACCACCUCAGCGCAGCAAAGCACGCACCAUGGUUCGCAAGGCGCUCCUGUCCGUCGCUGUUAUUUUGGUGGCCGUUUGGGCCACCGGGAAGGCACAGGAAACGGAACAGAACGGUGGCGGCGCAUUGACCCUGGAAGAGCAGGCCGUCCAGUAUAAGGCGACGGUGCUGAUGGUACUGGCAAAUCGGGCAACCAGCCUGCCCGCCGAGAGUGAACCGGCGGUGGCGGUCGUGGUGGAGGAGGCUACCCAGCAGCUGGACGCGUGUGCCGCCGGUCUCCAGGUGCACCAGCAGCUCUGGCAGUACAAGGUGUGCGGUUCGGCCGUAUUGCAGCAGGGGCUGAAUGCGCUGUCGGCGCUCCAGGCGGCUAAUGGAGCAUCCGCCAGCGUCUAGGCUCUGGCAGGCAGUGUACAUUGGUAGACAUAGCAGGGCGUUGGGGAUGACUUAUUUUUUGUUAUUGGGACAGACAAUAAAGGUUUCUCGCUUGGCGGGGGAUAUUGAUUAA